CAAACCAAACCUUAAUAAGAGACCUGAAACAAAGAGCUGGUGUGUUCCAAGCAUCUCACGCACAACCUCAGGAAGAUUCAGUAUGAUUAAUUCAGAGACUCCGAAUCAGUCACUGAAGAGCUCUAUGCACAAGAUAAAAAAGUAGGUUGCCCCAAACCACGCUGGCAGAAAUGCCAGUAUUGAAAAAUGUAUGCUGGUAAUCGGUACUGCUUGCCUUCCUGUGAUCUGUGUGAACACUGGCAAGCACUUCCCUGCUGAUGGCAGUCAGUUCUUCCUUGGGCUGUGGCAUGUCUGUGCUUUGGGGAAAGGAGGCAUCAGCGGUAUUGAGAGAUGUGCAGCAGGACAAACAGCACAGUGACCAAACUCAGCACUGCUUGGGCAGACGCAAAAGGCUCCAGCACAAGCUUUCAACGUGUGUGGUGUUCUGAAGCAAGGAGGUUAUCUCUAGGAUAAUGUGAUUUUAGAAUCUGUAUCCAAACUUCCCCAAGUUUACAGGAAAAAAAACAUCCCCUUGUUUUCUCAGCAGUGAAUAUUUGUGAAUGUCUCAAGUUUGACGGUAAGGAGUCAGCCCCCCAAACCACCAGAAAGCUGUAUUGGUUAAGGGGAAAUGCAACGAUGUUCAGGCUGAGCCCUCCCCCCAUCUUUCACUCUUCCUUUCCAGGGCUCAGAGCGGUCUCAAACCAGAGGCACGUGUGACAGCUGUGCUUCACUGAGUUGUAGGUUCCCAGGUGGGAUAGGGCUAACUUUGAGAACCCAAACAUCCAGCAGAGAUCACGUCCCUCCCUGAAGGACUGGAGGAAGCCUUCUGCAGGCCUUGGGGUGCAGCUGCAAGCAGUUGCUGUCCUGCACGUGUUACCUCUGUGUUCUCUUUGAGAGAAGAUGAAGGUGCUGCUGGGCCUGGCUCUGAUGCUGACAUUACUGGGGAGGAGCAGCAGCUUGGCUGGAUGGGUGUUCACAGAGCCCUGGCUCCACGCUAGCGCUGGGGAUUCCGUCCUGCUGCGCUGCCUCUUCCAAGACCCGGAGGCCACAGGCUGGACGGUGACCAAAGUGGACUGGCUGCGCGUGCCAGUGGCUGGCAAACAGAAGGAGGAGAUGGUAUUUUAUUACUACAGCAACUCUAGCGUCCCUGUGGGCCGUUUCCAAGACCGGGUGCGGUGGCAGGGAGACGUUUCGUGCUGGGAUGGCUCUAUCCAGCUGCAGGAUGUGCAGGUGAAUGACAGUGGCAAGUACACGUGUGAGAUCCGUCUGUUUCAGCACGGCAGCAUCUUCAAGAACCACACGAUGCUGCGUGUCAGCCCUGCAACACAGAGAGAUAGAGGAGCAGAAAGUGCCCAAGUCCUGGGGCGCACUGGAGUUUGGGCUGUGACCGUGUGCUGCAGCGCCGUGGCCGUGGUGCUGGCUUUCCUGGCAGGACUCAACCUGAGGAAGAGGUCCGCAGCCACCACGGCCCUGGAGAGAGCCAGAAAUGAUGGCAGCAAGGACAAAGCCAAGGAAGGGCUUUACUCCUCGAUCCCUGAAGCUGAGGUGCCUAAGGCUAAUCAGGAUGCAGGGAAGAAGAGGAGAGCUGAGGAGACCUACAUCACCAUGCAUCCCUCCAUCCUCCAUGAGAAUGGCAUCUACGUGGAGCUGACCAGGGGGGUGAUCCCAGCAGAGUGGAUGGCAGAAGGCAGACGGGAUGGUGGGCACAGCGAGCAGCCCUACAGCCAACCCCAGGAGGAACUUCCUCGUGUCCCAGAGAGGGGGAAAUAGCCACUCUGGGGCUGUAAACCCCUUAGCCAGCAGCUACGCGCAAGACUUCUUUGCUCCUUUGGCUGGUCACUGUUAAGCUGAUGUCAGCCUUUAACUGAUGUUUCCAUCCCGAACUGCUGCUGGGACGUGGCUUACCUGGCAUCUGCAAGGUGACCUGGGGAGAUGUCCCCUCUGGAUCCCUUCUCCCUGGUCUCCAGAAAGGGACACAGAGGGCAUAGUCCCCACUUUCCAGCGCUUUUCCCCCUGGCCAACUCCAGGACUGGAAAUAAUGAGAAGAGCCUGGCUGGGGAGGAAAAGGGGGGGGUGAGUGCAGCCGUGCAGUGGAAUCUUCUGCAGUUAAUAAAACUCAGCGAGGCCCAGG